GAACAUUAUGUGGCGGCAGAUUCAAACAGCUCAUCGACAACAAAAACUUUUGUACCUUGUAAAGUGUGUGGAGAUAAAGCGUCAGGGUAUCAUUAUGGGGUAACGUCGUGUGAAGGAUGUAAGGGUUUCUUUAGAAGAAGUAUACAAAAACAAAUAGAGUACAGAUGCUUGCGGGAUGGGAAGUGUCUUGUGAUAAGGCUGAACCGAAAUCGAUGUCAGUAUUGCCGGUUUAAAAAAUGUCUUGCCGUAGGAAUGUCCAGAGACUCUGUCAGAUACGGUCGAGUGCCGAAGCGGUCGCGAGAGCGCAGCAGCACCGAAGAGCCGACGUCGCGGGUCACGCAGAGCGACGCCGACCAAUCGGACGCCGAGACCAAGCAACUGGCCGUCUACGAUGUCAUCCUCACCGUGUCGCAAGCGCACCACGCCAACUGCGGUUACACGGAGGAAAACACCAGGAAUCUGGUCGGCAAACCUAUCGUGCUGCCACCUGCCAGCCCCCAAGGAAGCGAGGUGGCGACAUCUACGGCGGAGUCCAUGGAGCAGGAGCGGUGCUUCCUGUGGCAGCAGUUCGCGUCGAACAUAACGCCCAGCGUGCAGAGGGUGGUGGAAUUCGCGAAGCGGGUGCCGGGUUUUUGUGACCUGGGACAGGACGAUCAGCUGAUACUGAUCAAGAUCGGCUUUUUCGAGAUAUGGCUGAGCCACGUUGCCAGACUUACGUCGAACGCGUCGCUCAUGUUCGACGACGGCACCGCUGUAACGAGGCACCAACUGGAGGCUAUGUACGAUGCUGACUUCACGACGUCAGUUGUUCACUUUGCCAGUACCUUUAACGCGCUUUCCUUAAACGAUACGGAAGUGGGACUUUUUAGUGCCGUAGUGCUUCUAACUGCCGACAGACCAGGGAUAACAGACGUUAAAACUAUAGAACACCACCAGGAUAAACUUAUAGAAGCGCUAAAAGUACAAGUGGGUCGUAACCACGCGAACGAGCCGCAGCUGUUCUCGAACCUCCUGAUGAAGCUGCCCGAGCUGCGAAACCUGGGCGCCAAGCACACCGCCCACCUGGAUUGGUUCAGGAUGAACUGGACGAAGCUGACUUUGCCUCCGCUUUUCGCCGAAAUCUUCGACAUUCCAAAGUCCGACGACGACCUGCAGUGA